AGUAGAACGUUAAAGAUCGCUGAAAGAAUUCUUAUGGCGGACAGUGACAUUCAAUCAGAGUGGUCGGAGCUGCCGCUCGAUACUCGCAUCCUAGAGGCACUGAAGGAUUUGGGGUGGACGAAGCCGACGGCGGUGCAGAGCGCGUGCGUGCCGCUCGCGUUGAAAGGAAAGGACAUUUCCAUUCAGUCUCGCACCGGUUCUGGAAAAACCGGCGCCUUCGUCAUUCCCGCCGUGCAACGCCUUAUCACGGAGCGGGAGCAGCGCGGCGCCCAACACGCGCCAUCGAACCCGUCCGUCCUCAUCCUCGUGCCGUCGGUGGAGUUGUGCGAGCAGACGACGGAGGCGGCGAGUGAAAUCGCAAAGUACGUCCAGCCGCGCUUCGUCGUCGAUAAUUUGGCCAGCGGCGGCGGCGUGACCGCCAGUAGAGUGCAGGCGGCGCACAUCGUCGUCUCCACGGCGGCAUUGCUGGCGAAGGUGUGCAAUCAAGGCGCUAUCACCGCCGCGGUGUUGCAGCACGUGCGCUUCUUCGUGCUGGACGAGGCCGACGUUGUCGCCUCCGUGGCGGAACGCUCUCUGCGCACCGUGCAGUCUCUGCUGCCGCCGAGCAUGCAGGUCAUCUUAGCCUCCGCGACGCUCACGAAAGGUGUGGCGGCAAUGAAAGGGCAGCUGCUGCGGCACCCCGUCAACGUCGUGCUGACCUCCGAGGACGUACGCGACGAGGUGCGGAGUAAGAAAGCGGGAGCCGCCGCACCAGCGGAAGCGCAGCGUGGGCCCGUCGUGGAGUCGCGCAUCAUCGUGAAGGACCCGCUCAAGACCACCCUCCAUCAGUAUUACCUGGUUGCCACCGACGAGUGUCACAGCCACACCCUGCUCUUCGGGCUCUACCGCAUGGCACUGAUCCAAGGCAAAACGCUCAUCUUCGUGAACGACGACGAACAGACGUACCGGCUGCAGAACUUCUUAGAGCAGCUCGGCGUGGCCACGCUGGCCUACGACGCCAAUCUGCCCAUCAACGUCCGCCUCGACACGCUGAAGCGAUUCCAGAGCGGCGCCGUCUCGACGCUCGUGUGCACCGACGGCACGUUGGAGAGCGCGGCGCAGCUGCAGAUGUCGCUGGAGGAGGAGUCGCAGAGCAGCGUGGCGGCGGUGGCGGAGACGUCGAAGAAGUCGUCCUCGCGGCGUCGCUCGCGCCACAACGACGAGGCCCCGUCGGCGCUGCACCGCGGCAUCGACUUCGCCCACGUGCGCAACGUCAUUUUGUUUGACGGCGUGGAGGCGACGGACCCGAUUGCGCUCUCGCGCUACACCCACCGCAUUGGCCGCGCCGGCCGCGCCGGGGAGGAGGGCGUGUCCAUCGCUAUCUUCAGCGUGCCGCAGGCCCGCAAGUAUCUCCAGCCUCUGCGUGCGUACUGCACCGAGCGAGGCGAGUCCAUUGGCCCUUUUCGCCAGAUGCUGCGGGCAACGGUGGCGAAGUUGCAGUACCGCGUCGACAGCGUGCUGGGCAACAUCACCCGCACGUCGACGCGCAAGAUGCGUGUCGCCUCCGUCGCCUCCGAGCUCAGCCGCAGCUCCUACCUGGCCAACCAUCUCUCACAGAAGGACACAGAUGCCUUGAAGCGCGUCAUGCGGCGCUCGUCGAAGAAGGUGAAGGUGGAGCGAAACAUUCUCGACGUGCCUUACUACAUGAAGCUGUCAACGAUUGAUGACGCCGGCGAGUACCGCAAGCGUGUGCAUGCGAACCAGACGCAGUCGAACCUCCUCCGCAAAGCAGCCAAGAAGGCCACCGUCGAUCCACUGAAAGCCGUCGUCUCAAAGCUCCGCUCGUCGAAGCGCAGGAGCUAG